UCCUCUUUUUCUGAGUUUGAAAUCCACCAUUUUCAUAGCCAUACAGAGAGUACACAAAACGCAGCCAUUGCAAUCGUUUGCCCUAUCUUACUACUUCAUACAGAUCGCAAUCUUCACAAUUAGCAGCUAUUUUCUCUGCUGCAAAAUCAGAAAAUGGAGAAAAAGCUCAAGGAUAAGAAAUGGAGUUAUGAAAAGAGAAGCCCUUUGCAAGAUCUGAAUGUUAUUCCCAGAUGUAAAAGCAAGAGUAGCACCAUUGAAGCCCCAAGAGGUCGUCUUCCUUUUCUCAUCUCUUCAAAUUCUUCUUCUUCUUCGUCUUCCUCUGUUUCCUCAUCUUCUUCUUCCAGAACGCAUUUCCACAAAACACCGAAAGUUUCUUCGAGAAUUUCAAAUCCAGUGCCUAAAUCUACACGUUUGAGAUCUAAAUCCACCAACGAGAAUGAUUUACCAAGACCCAUUACGCAAAAACCCAAAAAGAACCCUCCUUUCCUAUCUGGGAAGAAACCCAUCUCCCGAAAGUCAAAUCUGAGCAAUCCUGUGAAGAAAUCGUCAUUUGGGUCGGUAAGAUUGGGGGUUAAACCCAAGAGUUUGAAGCAAAAGGUGGAAGGAAAUGGCUCAGGUGAGCAAAUUCAGCUUUUGGAUUUUGAUUGUAAUUUGACUAGUUUUGAGAAUUGUACACCUCUUGGUAAAUUAGCAUCUGGUUCUGGUAUUGAUUGUGCAACUUUAGAUCAUACUUGUAAUGUAGAUAACUCAAAUACAACUAGUAAUACUACAAAAACACCUCCCAUUGAGGCUUCAGUGUCACCUGAAAUACAAUGUGGGCUAUCCACUGGGUUGGUUUCAGCUGCUACACCUUGUUAUGCUGCUGGCCAUGUUCUCUCUGGUGUUACUGAUAAAAGGAAGUGUAGGCCUAGAGGUGUUCUCACUAUAGGAAACUUAAUUGAUUCGUCAGAUUGCGAAAAAGCCAGUGGCUCAUUGGAUAGAAAGUGUGAGGGGGCUGGAAGGAAUGAGGUACUUAACAAGUCUAGUAGAGAUUCUUUGAUUCCUUUGCCUGCAUUGGCUUCUAUGCAUUGGCUUUUAUCUCCUUGCCGUGAGAAUAAUGACGUCUGUUGUGAGGGUGAAUCUGUUAACGAAUUUAGGAUGUUGAAUGGAUCUGCCACAUUUGAGUUGCCGUAUUCAACUUCAAUAUGUUCUGGGAGUACUUCUGAUUCAGUACAUAACAGAGCAAAUUACUGUAAUAGUGUAAAUACGGAUGAAGCACAAAUUGGUGGAAAAGCUUGGAUUGUUUUGGUCUCUCCUGAAAGUACUAAACUUAAAGAUCCAUUGUCUGACGAGAUGGGGAGGAAUUUGUUUCCAUCUUAUCCCCUGGAUAUAUCUUGUUGUCAUGAUGUGAAAGUCCCGGAUGAGUGGAAAUGUUCGUGCAGUCUUGUUAGAGAGAAUUCUCCAUGCUCUACGGCUUCUUUGAGCAGUGGGAAUGUCAUUCAAACACCCAAAUCCGAUUUGAGCUCAGGCAAGUGUGGUGGCUUUUCAUGGUUACACCCAGGUGAUCAUCGAGACAACCUUAGGGAUGAACUUGAUUCAGUGACAGAUUUUCUUCACAAAACAAGUUUAUCACCUAUGACUCAACCGUCAGCUUUAAAUCCGCCUAAUCCGCAUUUUAAGUUUAAUAGUGCUUCUUGGGUGUCUGACUCCUCAUUAGAAAAUGUAUCACAAUCUCAGAUGAGAAUCUCAUGGAGAGAUGGGAUAUUGAGUCGGACUCUUGAGAUUGAUGAUUUAGAUUGCUGCAGAUGUUUAUCAGAUGAUGAGAAUGGGGGCUACUGUUACACUAAUGCAAAGACAAAUGUUGGUGUUGAAUCCAGUCCCCAUGAAGAAAAUGAUCUUUUACCAGAGAGUGGUUCUCAGUCUCCUGAAUUUGUAGAGCACAAACACGAGCUUUCUCGGAAUGGAAAGUUAAGGUCUCCUCUUCCAGAAGCUAAUUCGUGUGCAGAGUCCAUACAGACUGAAGGUGGUGGUUUAGUUUCAUCUGCAGAUUCUGACUGGACCCAUUGUUGUAAUAAUCAGUUGUAGCACAUUUGAUUCUUCAUCUGUAUUUAUUUGUAUCGAUUCUUAGAAGCAAUGUUGCUCUUCUAAGUUCGAGUACUGUUUAUUGUUGCUAUAAAUUAUACCCUAUAAAUACUCAAUUGUCUUCGUCUGAAGUGUUUGGAAAGUUCAUUAUUCA